AUGAGAACCUACGCUGCUCAACCUAUUUUCAUAUCUAGCAAAACCGUUGGAACUAGCUGCGUUAGCUACAAACCUUCGCCUCUGCUCUGGUGGCUUUUGUCCGGUCAACCCAAAUACAACAACGUUCUUGCCGUCGCCCUUGCCGCCCAGAUACUCCUUGCGCAUGUCCUCGGCCUACUCGGGCCGCCACUCCUUGAUUUGAACCUGGAUGCCCGCCUCCGCCACCAGCGCCACCAGCUCCUCCGCAUGCGCCCUGUCCGCGAUCAGCGACCCGACCGGCGUGAGGUCGCGGAAGAUGACGUUGAAGUACGACAGGGUGAUGCCCGCGUCCGGCUGGUCGACGAGCACCAGCGUGCCGUGCUUGCGCGUGAGGGCGGCCGCGAAGUCGAACGCGGCCGGCGCGUCGGUGGCGAUGAUGGCGGCGUCGACGCCGGGGUAGCUGCCGCGCACGACGUCGGUGACGCGGCAGGCGGCGGUGGAGUAGUUGAUCGAGUCUGGAAUCUUGACGGUGAAGCGAGCGUCGCUGCUCGGCUGAUUGAUUUCACUUACGCAACUAUGUAUUUCGACUAG